CUCAUCCCACUACCCCAAUCAGGAUAAGCGGCAUAGAUAAUGGAUGGAUAGUUAAGAUUCUCGAUUCAUACUCUUGGGGGCGGUAAAGCACCAUUCUGUUGUUCGUCAACUGACGUAAAACUCCGACAAGAAGAAGAGGAAGCAGAAGAAGAAGAAGAAGUAGGAGGGAUGCGACGGGACAGAGAGCGAGCGCCAGAGAGGGGGGGCAUUGCUAUUGCUGGGACACACGAAACAUUUGGACAGUCUUAUCAGCUUUAUCGAGUGGGACUGAAUUAUAGUUCAACGACUGUGCAGUCAAGUCUUGUCGUCAUGGCCGACGUGGAGGAGAGUCAGUUUUCUCUGCUGAGCCUGGAGGAUGACCUGACCUGCAGCAUCUGUCUCAGCACCUUUGUCUGUCCGGUGACCAUCCCGUGCGGACACAACUUCUGCCAGGACUGCCUCCUCGUCAGCUGGAAGGACUCCUACAGCUGUCCUCAGUGUCGGACAAUCUUUGCCACCAAACCGGAGCUGAAGAAGAACACGGUCCUCAGCACCGUGGUGGAGACCUUCAGGGAGAGGACGAACAAGAGCGAAGCCAGCCUGCUUGGAGAGGAGAAACAAGCCGAGAAAAAGGAUGUCAUUCGCUGUGACACAUGUAUGGAAACAGAGGCGUCCCAGACCUGCCUCACCUGCAUGGCCUCCUUCUGUGACGAGCACCUGCGGCCUCACCGGGAAAACCCAAUUUUCCGCCUCCACCAGCUGAGUGAGCCUGUCGGUGACCUGUCGGAGCGCAUCUGCCCGGACCACCACAAACUGAUGGAGCUGUUCUGCAGUCAACAUGGCCGUCCAAUCUGCAGCCUGUGUCUCCAGCAGGUCCACAAAGGCUGCACCUUCGUUUCUCCCGAGGAGCAGAGGAACCAGAAAGAGUCCGACCUGAGAAUCAAGUUGGCUUUUCUGGAUGGGAAGAUAAUGAAGAAUGAGACUGUUAUAUCUCAAAUGAGAGAUGCACAGGACAAGCUGAAGGCCUCAACGACCAACAGGAAGAAAGCUGUGGCAGCCGAGUAUCAGCACAUACGGGACAUGUUGAUGCAAGAGGAGCGUGAUGCUCUGAAUGCAGUGGACCAGGAGAUGGAGAGUGGUCAGACCAAAUUCAAGACUUGCAUGAAGAAGUUCUCUGAGAACAUUGAUAAUAUGAGCAAAGCUAAAGCAGAUAUCCACAGUCUGCUGCGUCGCUCCCAAACGCAAGCCUUCCUGCAGGCUUCAUAUGACCUGCCCGUAGCCGCCAGCGUUGACCCUUACACCCCUCGGAUCAGCCUGGACUCCAAGAAGGUGAAAGCUUCCCAGGCCUUUGCUGUUGCUCUGAAGGAGCUUCUGACAGAGGUCCUUAAACGGCCUGUUGAGGCCAGACUACCAAUAAUUAAACCAGAAAUUAACACUGACAUUACAUCUGGUGAAAGAGCACCUUCUGCCUCAGGAUUUACACCUUUCAGCACUAGACCUAAUCAGGAAUCUGAGCCGCUCCCCAGGUCCCACAGUCCAGGUCCCGGUUCUCAGCCCAGAGUGGUCCCAAAGAAAAAAGCUCGAAAGAGAACCAAAAAACCUGCCCAGUCCCCUGAAGGCAAAAUGGGAAAUGAAGCUCUAGCCCUUUCAAUGGAAAUCAUGUUGGACUUUGGUUUUAAAAACAACCCCAGCAACUGUCCGCCUGCAGCUCAACCCUGUCAGACACCAGGCACAUCUGACAUUGUGCCAAACAUAACAUCUGCUGAAAAAAGAAAUGAACUUCUCAAAUACGGCACAGUGCUCACUUUGGAUCCAAGAACAGCCCACAGACGCAUCCUACUGACUGAGGGCUUCACUAAGGCCUCUGUGUCCGAUGAGCACGUAAACUACGCCGACUGCCCUGAACGGUUCGCCGUCUGCUCCCAGGUGCUCACCACCAAGGGUUUCUCUAGAGGACGCCACUACUGGGAAGUCCGACUGAGCAGCAGCAACUUCAUUGGCAUAGGCUUGGCUUAUGGCAGCAUUGACCGCAAAGGUCCCGCUAGUCGACUGGGCCGUAACGCCCAGUCCUGGUGUGUCGAGUGGUUUAAUGUCAAGCUGUCAGCUUGGCAUAACAGCAGUGAGACCGUGCUGGUCAAUCCCAAUCCAAAGCGUGUAGGAGUGCUUUUGGAUUGUGAGGACGGUCUGGCCACGUUCUAUAACGUGGCAGACAGGGCCUAUCCCUUCCACUCUUUUGUGUUCCCUUUUGCUGAAACUGUGUAUCCAGCUUUCUUGGUUUUCUCAAGUGGCUCAUCCAUUUCUUUGUGCAAACUGCAGGCUUCAUAUGACCUGCCCGUAGCCGCCAGCUUUGACCCUUAUACCCCUCGGAUCAGCCUGGACUCCAAGAAGGUGAAAGCUUCCCAGGCCUUUGCUGUUGCUCUGAAGGAGCUUCUGACAGAGGUCCUUAAACGGCCUGUUGAGGCCAGACUACCAAUAAUUAAACCAGAAAUUAACACUGACAUUACAUCUGGUGAAAGAGCACCUUCUGCCUCAGGAUUUACACCUUUCAGCACUAGACCUAAUAAGGAAUCUGAGCCGCUCCCCAGGUCCCACAGUCCAGGUCCCGGUUCUCAGCCCAGAGUGGUCCCAAAGAAAAAAGCUCCAAAGCAAACCAAAAAACCUCCCCAGUCCCCUGAAGGCAAAAUGGGAAAUGAAGCUCUAGCCUUUUCGAUGGAAAACAUGUUGGACUUGGACUUUGGUUUUAAAAACAAACCCAGCAACUGUCCGCCUGCAGCUCAACCCUGUCAGACACCAGGCACAUCUGACAUUGUGCCAAACAUAACAUCUGCUGAAAAAAGAAAUGAACUUCUCAAAUACGGCACAGUGCUCACUUUGGAUCCAAGAACAGCCCACAGACGCAUCCUACUGACUGAGGGCUUCACUAAGGCCUCUGUGUCCGAUGAGCACGUAAACUACGCCGACUGCCCUGAACGGUUCGCCGUCUGCUCCCAGGUGCUCACCACCAAGGGUUUCUCUAGAGGACGCCACUACUGGGAAGUCCGACUGAGCAGCAGCAACUUCAUUGGCAUAGGCUUGGCUUAUGGCAGCAUUGACCGCAAAGGUCCCGCUAGUCGACUGGGCCGUAACGCCCAGUCCUGGUGUGUCGAGUGGUUUAAUGUCAAGCUGUCAGCUUGGCAUAACAGCAGUGAGACCGUGCUGGUCAAUCCCAAUCCAAAGCGUGUAGGAGUGCUUUUGGAUUGUGAGGACGGUCUGGCCACGUUCUAUAACGUGGCAGACAGGGCCUAUCCCUUCCACUCUUUUGUGUUCCCUUUUGCUGAAACUGUGUAUCCAGCUUUCUUGGUUUUCUCAAGUGGCUCAUCCAUUUCUUUGUGCAAACUGCAGGCAUGAGGAGCAUAUGUACAUAGAUGUGCAUGUGCAGGAAUACACACACACAUAGAAUCAGUUCUUUGCACUCAUACUAACAAUAAUAAUGAAAAAGAAUGCUUUAGUUGUAACUUUAAUGAGCCCUAAACUGUCUUAAAAUGUAAAGGUUUUUCACAUCAAGAGGCUGGCCAGAUAGACCCCGGUACUGUGUGCUGCAGUACACAGGCAGCUGGAAGCAUCUUGACUGAAAAGGAUGUUGAGCUAAUGGCAUUUCAUAGCUAAUGUGAUUAGCUUGUUGCCAUUAGUGCUGCCAGCUCUGAUUUUUAGCAGCUGAAUUAGUGGCUAUGUGACCACAACAGUGAUGCUUACAGAGCUUCGGCCUUUGCAGGUUUCUCAAAACUCAAGAGAUUGUGAUGCAUUUGCCGAGCGAUUUUUAACAGAACACACAACAUACACUAUAACAUGUUUGCUGUGUGUGUGUGUCCUGCGCAGAUAAUCGAUUUAUAUAUGGUAGAAUGGUUGGGAAUGCAACUGACUGGAUAAAGAAGUGAAGUUAUCACUUCUAGACAUGUCAGUACUAUAUUUUGAUAUAUGAGAAUAUAUGAGAAAUGUACUAUUUUGGAGUGUGGCGAUAAAGGUUUUAGGGCUGGGUGAUGUGACAUUUGAUCUCAGUAACUAUUUUCAUUCCAGUUGAUAUUGUCGUGUGUCAUGAUGUGAUCAUUUCUGCUGACCUGAAACCUAAAAUUCCCUAAUAGUAGCUUCAGAUUAUGAAAACGACUAGGAACUAUAGAGGCUCUCAACAGCAAGAAUAAAUCUUAAAUGUGGUCAGUAUGAAUCCUUGAAAGUCGCUCAUGUACUGUAAACUCGUUUUCACUGUGAGUGCUCACUGAUACUCGAAAGGUUUUCUCUGUUUAUCCAACUUUUGAUACCACAACAAUAGCAGCCACUGUGUGUAUAGCUAACUCGGCUCACCCUGUUUGUGCGUUUUGUUCUUCCCUGAAGAAGUGCCGCGUGAUUGGCUAGAAAUAGCUUUGUUUCUGUGAUGUGUUUGGCUUUUCAGUGUGCAUUGUAGACACUGUAUUGAAGUGUCUUAUUCUCACAGCAGGGACAUUUUAUUGAGAUUGAUGACUAUAUCACCCAGCCCUAUAUGCUCACUUCCUCACUGCUUUGACUGGUUCAGCUGAUGAGAACAGAAGCCACAUAGACUCUGUCUUAUCAAGGUCUGACAGUCUCGCUCUCUCUCUCUCUUGCUUUUCUUUGGAUUGUUUUUAUGGCACUUUGGAGCCAGGAAUUAAUGGGGAGAAAGGAAAGGGGAUGGCAUGCUACUGUGGUGGCCAGAUUUUAAUCUGAGAUGCCAUACUUGCAUGGUAUGCCUCACGGAAAUAAAAUACUGUAUCUGUGGCAGGCACAUUAAACCAAGGAGCCAUCAGAAUGCUCUGCUGACUUUGCAGUGGCUGGUCUGGCGGUAAUAAGUUAGUUUCACAGGGGCAAAUUAUUUGUUAUACAAAGUUUACCCCAGUUUGUAAGAUGUUUGCUGAAGCACACUGAUGACAUUAGAUACAGUGGCUUUUCCCUGAUGGGGCACCACUGCAGUGCAUCAGUGCCUGGUCAGUGUGCAUACUAAUCAGGCUCUAUCAGACUUACCAUGAGGGUGCUCAUCUUGCAGGUGAUAAAAGAUGUGAAACAACAAAUCAUACACGAGUGUCUAGAAGUAAAUAUCUGUCUACACAAUAUAUUGUACAUGAACAGUAAAGUUAGCAGUUUUAACAUGGUUCUCUAUACUAACUUCACUGCAUGAGGUACAGAAGACAGUGGUGUUCAGAGUGACUUGACUGAUAAGCUAGUAAAGGUUCGGACGUGACUGCUGCAGUGAAUUCAUUGGUUAACCAUCGGGUAGAUGAAGAAAGGCCCUGUGAGGCAUUCAGCUAAUGCACUACAAGUAUAGACCUCUUUCUUUGUUUUAGCUUAGAUGCUGGUAAUUACAGGCGCCAUGCAGCAGUGCACAGAACGUCUGAGCCUAACUGGUGAUCUGCUGUUUUCACCGUUUGCUGUGGCUUCUCAUCAGAUUGUGGAGUUUUGGUUUGGGACGGAACCUUGUGAAAAUAUUGAGAGCUUUCCCAUACCAUGAUGAGUGUCCAGAUCUCGAUAUUGUGUUGACAUUUAUUUACUCUACCAAGCACAAAUGACAGAAUACUGGUGUCUAUGCUUAGUUGGAUCAGUGAAAAGUUAGGUGUAUUUCAUGUAACGACUGACUUGAUUGCUUAUUGCUUCAGUUCAUACUAGAUCGCCUGCAGACUCAAAUGGCUCUCAGACCAAUGUGUUUUUGUUCAGUGUUGCAACUGAAAUGUGAUUCAUUGUUCUUUGCAUCAAAUAUUUUCAAGCUUUGUGGGAUCUUAUCCAAACUGCUUCACUCUGUCAAAAAAAGAAUGUCAAGUUCUAGUUGAUGGACAGUAAUAUUCCAGGUUUGUGGUGGUGGUAUUCAUUCACACAUUAAAAGUGAACAUAUUUAUAUGAUUGUCUUAAAAUUCAAAAGAUUACUACUGUUUUGUUUAAUUAUAAAAUCAGCUUUUAUUUUUAAUUAACUAAUGAUUGUUAUGAAUA